GCACGAUGAGGGAAAAAUUGAUGCCUUUUAUUGGGCCUACCUACAUGUCAUAGGCGCUAUCUUUUGGUACUUAAACUCCACUGGGCCACGCGCGCUAUCCUCAACUUCUUUGGCCUUACUUCAGCAGCAAUCUAUUAUUACCACCUACGUCGAGACACAAUGCGCCUUUUCAUCCACGUUAUGCCUCUGGCUCUCUUGUUCAAUCUGCUUCUUGCAGAGUCCUUGUACUUCACAUCUCCACCUAUUCUUGAAGCUAGCCAAGAAAGCGUCGCUGCAAUAAGUAUUCCUCCGAUCGGAGUGGGCUGUAAACAUGGAGACGAUUUUCAGUGCAUUGGCACUAGCGGGGGUGGAAAAACUAAAACUAUUUGUCGUUGUGUGGGCGAAAAAUUAUACCGACAUCGUACGGAGAAGCCCGAAAUGAAGCCAGCAUCCAUAGCUUGUGCGGACACUGGAUUCCCAAUCACAGUGGAGAAAGGUACACAAACAACCAACAGCUCACAUGCAGGUUCUCCUCGGCCCACUACAGGCUGGGGUGUGUGUCUGUCAUCAGUGCCGCCUCUCAAGAUGGAUAAUUUUACUUCAAAAGUCCAACCAACAGCAUACAUGUACUUGCAGCAUCCUGGAUCAAUCGGAAGCAAUGCAUCGCAUCCGCCGGCGCUCAAGGUCCCCCCAAAGCCAAUACAGUCUCAAAUACCCGCUCAUGACACAGUCACUACGAGUUCGUCAACCCCCUUGAAAGGGCCUUUGACUGCUGCCCUAGUAUUGGUCUCCACUUUCGCCGUUCUCUUUGCGCUAGCGGCGUAGUAGGCCUACUAGGACGAAUUGGGUGGACGAAUUUGGGCUGUAUGGAUCUGCGGGCUGUUUGGCACGAAGGAAGUCAAGCUGUAGUUUCUUCUCUACCUAUAUAA